AUGACCUUGCGUCUUACCUCCGCUCCGGUAUCUGGUAUCAAGAAACGCAAAGCCUCUGCCCCCAAACCCCGCGCCUCGCCCUUUGCCGCCCAUGCGCGCCGCAAACCUACAUCUGGUGGCCCAAAACCGACUGCAGAUCUAGAUUUUGAUGAUCCGCUUCCAGAUGUAGGCGGGUCUCAUUUCAUAUCGGAGACCGCACCGGUUCAGAAUGUGCUGCAAGCCAUUCAAUAUAUUCGCGAUGGCAUGUUCGAAGAACUUCCAACACGGGCGGGAAUGAACAGCACACGCAUCGCAGAAGUCCUCAAUCUACGCCGAUCUUUGCCUCCACUCGCUUCUGUGGCCCAUGUCCAUACCCUUUUAGAGGCACCGACGCAGGUGGAAAGGGAAAUCGUUGAACAAAUUCAGACGGGUCAGAUUCGGCGACUAAUUAUACCGGGUCGAGGCAAUGAUGCGGCAGGGCUGGGCGAUUGUUUGGUGCUAGCAGAGGAUUGGGAUAAGCUGGUGCAGGAAAGCCCUGCAUUGGAACCACCAGUCAAGGAGAAAUUCCUCGAUAUCCUGAAACGUGUUGGGACCUCCUCGGCGAUCUCGCAGGGGGUCUUCACGACGGACGAGUACAGGGCCUUGCUCCGCGCUGGCUUUAUUGUCUCGUCGUCAUCUUACACACAGGGCACAUUAAGUAUUGCAUCACUUCCUAAUCUACCUCCAAUGGCGACUUCGUCGGCGAGUCGAAGCGAGUCUAUCUCGCGUUCUGAGCGCCCUGUACAGUCAGCUGCCCAGGCUCGUGCGGCAACUCUGUUCUUGUCUCUUCCUAACACGGGAACAUAUCUCCGUUUGUUAGGUUCAGGUCGCGCGCAUCUGCUCGCUCUUCUCCGUCGAUCCGCUUCUGGUGAAGCCCCUCUGGGUCUGAUGAAAGAUCGCUGGGAUGGUGCUGUUGAGACUGACAAGAGUUUCCAUGUAGCCAAGCGAGUCCGUGGCGAGUUUGCAGGGGUUCUACCCGGUAAGACUAAGAAAUGGAAAGAGCUAUACGGUAUGCGCUUUCGAUGGGUGCUAGAGGAAGCACUAGGCGCGGGACUGGUGGAGAUGUUCGAGACUGGCAGCGUUGGACCUGGGAUCCGCUGUCUAUAG